AUGAAGGAAGAAGGAAAUAUGGAAGAAAAAAUUCAAGAAGGAGAAGAAAUCGAAGGAAUUAUUAGUAGAGAAAUGAAAGAUGGAUAUAUAAUUUCGUUUAAUUCAAUACUUAAAGGAAAAUUAAAUUAUAUUGAAAUAGGAGAUAAUAUUGAAGAAAUUAAUAUAAAUAAAAAAGAAUAUAAUGUUGGAGAUAAAAUAAAAGUUAAAGGAUAUUAUAGUAAAGAAAAUAUCUAUUUAAUAAAAGACAAAAAAGAAGAAAUUAAAGAAGGAGAAAUUAUUGUUGGAGAAGUUAUUGGUAAUAAUACAAAAGAAUUAAAAAUUAAAGUAUUAAUUAAAGGAAAUAGAAUAGGAUAUAUUCAUUAUUGUGAUAUAAGUAAUGUUUUUAAUCCAUUUCCAAGAGAUUAUUUACAAAAUGGAAAAUAUAUUAAUAUGUAUGUACUUUCAAAUAAACCCGAAAUUUUAUGUUCAAUGAGAAAAGAAUAUUUAAAAGAAGCUUAUGAUGAAAUAUUCCCACCAUUAAUAGGAGGAGUUCAAACACGUAUUGUAACAAAAGAUACUAUUAAAGAAGGAGAAAUUUUAACAGGAUAUAUUAUAAAAAGUAGUGAAGAAGAAGGAGUUGAUGUAAUGGUAUCAAGAGAUGUAACUAUUCAUGUAGCACCAGGUGAAUUAUUAGAUAAUACAAGUUAUCAUGGGAAAGAUUUUUCAAGAAUCUUUUGUAUUCAACGAUUAGUAAAAGUAAGUAUCAUUGAUAAAGAAGGAUUAGAAGGAACAUUAAAACAAAGUGUUAUUACUGUGUAA